AUGGCCGAUCAGGAGGAACAGCGUUUGGAUUAUUAUUUCCAGGAAGAUGCACGGACGGUGAUUUCGUUAACAUUUCUGUUUCCUGACAAUGUGCGCAAAAUGGUGAAAAAUUGGAUGACUACAUUUUACAGCAUGGGUACAAAUUUCAUUGAUAAACAAACGCGAAACCAGUAUCUGGCAUACAUGCUGAUGCAAUUGGAAGUAAAACGAGGUCUUUCAAAACCAUUCGACCAACCUGCCCCGGAUCAUAUACAUGAACCACUGGCGAAAAAAGUGGAUCCUGACGAUUAUAUCAAAUUUUUCGAGAAGUGUGAAAAAUACUAUUUGGUAAAGAAACGCUCCGGGGAAAAUCCCGCUGUUCCGGAGGAACAUCGUAUGAAUCCGGCCGAAUUCCUGCAUCGCUUACCAACUAUCACCUCAGGCGUGGUUGCAUAUGGUGCUUGCUUCAGUAAAGACACCCAGUAA